UUGCAUUGUGUUGGGGAUUUACCAACCCAUUCAUCAAAAAAGGGAGUGUGGGACUGGAGAACAUUAAGCACGAGUCAUGGAUAAAGCAAAUACUCGGAGAAAUUUGGUUUCUUGCCACCAGAUGGCAGUUUAUUGUACCAUUAUUGUUGAACCUAGGCGGGUCCGUGGUUUAUUAUUAUACGCUUGGUCAUGCUG